AUGGAUACCAAUGUCGAAUUGGGCUCGACUUCUCAAACGACGCCUAGAGAUCGAGAUGGAGAGCACAUAGAAAGUCGUGACGAGAAUGAUGCAGGGCCCAAUCAUGAGGCCUCGCUGAACCCCGUCGACGGAGGUUGGGCGGCUUGGAAACUGCUUCUCGCCGCCUUCGUGUUUGAGGCGUUGCUCUGGGGCUUCCCGCUAUCCUUUGGCGUCUUCCAGAACUACUACUCCCACCUUCCCGACUUUGUCCACCAGCGGUACAUCUCGGUCAUCGGGACCAUCGCCUCCGGCAUGUCCUACAUGGGCGCGCCGUUGAUCAUCCCGGUACUGAAGCGAUACGCAAAGUACCGCGGCCAGAUGAUAUGGUUCGGAUGGACGUUAUGUAUCCUCGGCAUCCUCUGCGGAUCCUUCGCCCGCACCGUCGGCAGUCUCAUCUUCACCCAGGGCGUCAUGUACGGGUUCGGGUUCAUCAUCUUCUACUACCCCAUCAUCAGCAUGGUGAACGAGUACUGGAUCACGCGGAGGGGCAUGGCGUACGGAUUUCUGUGCAGCGCGUCAGGGUUCUCGGGCAUCGUCAUGCCCCUGUCCCUCGAGGUCAUGCUCAACAAGUACGGGUAUCCGACGACGUUGCGAGCCGUGGCGAUAGGACUGGUCGUGCUCACGGGACCGUUGAUACCUCUGUUGAAGGGCCGGCUCCCAGCCUCGACGCAAAGUAUUUCGCCGCGGACCGAUUGGGCUUUCCUCAAGACGCCGCUCUUCUGGAUCUACACGGCGUCCAACCUGAUGCAAGGCCUCGGCUACUUCUUCCCGUCGCUGUACAUCCCGUCGUACGCGUCGACGCUGGGCCUCAGCUCGCGACAAGGCUCCCUCCUCCUGGCCAUCAUGUGCGUGUCGCAGGUGCUCGGCCAAUUCAGCUUUGGCUACCUCUCGGACCGACGCCUGUCGGUGAUGGCACUGUCGUUCGCGUCGACCCUGAUCCCCGCGGCGGCGGUGUUCGCGCUGUGGGGCCUGGCGCGCAACUUCGCCAUGCUGUGCGCCUUCGCCCUGGUGUACGGCUUCUUCGGCGCGGGCUACACGGCCCUGUGGGCCCGCAUGGGUAUGGGCGUCACCACCGACGUCACCUCGGCCUUUGCCGUCUUCGGCCUGUUCAAUUUUGGCAAGGGCAUCGGCAACGUCCUGGCCGGUCCCAUCAGCGCCAAUAUGUUGCUAUUCGACCGCAUCAACGUGGGCCGCUACGCCGUCGGCAAGUACGAGGUGCUCGUCCUCUUCACGGGCUCCUGCAUGCUCGCGAGCGCCGUGAGUAUCGCCGUCGGGUAUCUGGACGUUCAGAAACUGCGAUUGCGCCAGCGACCUUGA